CAGUAUCGUCGGGAAAAACAAAAUGGGAGAGGGAGGGACUAUAUCCAGGACCAUGUGUUUUUGGAGGAAAAGUGGGAGUGCAUAGAAAAAAAUAAAUAUCAAAAUACCACUUAUGUCUCAAAUACAGGUUCUCCAAAUAAAAGCAGCAUUCUUCGGGCUGCGAAGAGAAAACUUCGGCUGACUUGGAGAUUACCCACCCAAUUUAUGUUAAACGAAAAGCGAUACUACCGCGCAGGGCAGAAAAACGAUGGAGCAGCCUUUACUUGUUGACACGGGGCCUGCUUCUUUCCUACUUGGCUUUCAGGACCCCACGAGAAGGGGGGGCUAAAAAAAGGGAAACCUCCCCUCGGGAAGCUAUUGGAAAAUCUGGAUUGCGAAAAAACUCCCCACUCCCCACCCCCCACCCCGGAUAGUGGCAAGAUUUGCUUCUGCUCUAAUGAGCCUACGCUCCGGGUUUUGCCCGAGGACCAGGGCACCGAAACAGAGGAGUCCAGCAGAGGAAGGAGGACGCGCGACUGCUUAAGAAAAGCAGGGAGCGGAUAAAGCCGAAGCUAACGUCGUUCUCGGUAGUCGCGUGAACAAGGCAGAUAUUACUACAAUGAAACUCAAUGAACGUAGCGUGGUACAUUAUGCCACAUGUGACUCUCCAGCCGAUCAUACUGGCUUUCUGUGCAAACGAAUGGAGCGCCAUCACCACAACCAUCAUGUCCCCUCUUACCAGCGCCGCUGGUUCAUUCUCAAGGGCAACUUGCUGUUCUACUUUGAAGACCGGGAGACUCAGACCCCCAUGGGUCUCAUUGUGUUAGAGGGAUGCACAGUGGAACUAUGCGAAGCUGCGGAGGAAUUUGCUUUUGCCAUCCGCUUUGAUAGCAGUGGUGGCAAAUCUUACGUGUUGGUUGCCGACUGCCAAGUUGCCAUGGAGGCUUGGGUGAAGGCACUUUCACGGGCCAGCUUUGAUUAUAUGAGGCUAGUAGUCAAGGAACUAGAGAAACAGCUGGAAGAUGCUCAGAGGAGCUUAGCUGCUAGCCAUAAAUCACCAAAGAAACUGUCUUCUGGCCGCAAAAGGCAUUUAUCAAAUCCCAUGAUGAUAUCCAUUCAAGAGCAUCCUGUCAUCUUGGAGAAUGGUUACUCCACAUGGGACAGUAGUUGCACUCUUGCAGAAAUGGUGUGUUCUGAUCUCAGUGAAGGAUUUCUGAAGCCCCCACCUUUACCACCUCGUCGAAAACUGACAGGCAGUGCUGGAGCAUUUUUGGCUGGGUCUGCCUCUGCCACACAGGAAAGUCCAGUAUCUCCAGAGACUACCUGCUUCUCAAAGUUGCAUAAUUGGUAUGGUCAGGAAAUUGCAGAGGUGAGAAGAGAGUGGAUGGAAAGAAAGAAGACAGUAGAAAUAGGGGCACAUUGAAGAAAAUACAUUUUGCAGGAUUGAGAGAAAUUGACAUUAAGAAUUCAAGAAGAUAUUUCUAAGAAAUUGCUGUAUUGUCUCAAAAGAAUGUUCCAGACCUUUAUUCCAGAAAGUCUACUUCUUGAUGGAAGAGAAGAAUCCAUGUGUCAUUUCCUCCUUUUUGCUCCAUGUAGUACUAUUAAUUGUAUUUCAUCUGUAUAUUGUAGCUAUUUUGAUAGAUGCUGGAACAGUAUAGUAGUGACUUGCCUUAAUUACUCAUUAGAAAAAACAGAUCAUACAAUUUAUACAUUAUAUUUUAAUUAUAGGCAUUUCAUAUACUUUAGAUUUUCAAGCAGAUGAGGACAAAGCUAUGAAAAAUUGCUUCUUUAAGACCAUCACAAGAAUUUAUAUAUGUAUAUAUACAUGUAUGUAUGUAUAUGGAUAUAUAUAUGUAAGUCUUGGUGUAUUCAGGUCUUUUCCCGUGUAAGGUUGAGAGUAUCUUGGCGACAUUUCAACGAGGUCUCACUCGUCAUCGUCAGGCUGGUGCUUACGGCUUCGUGCUUGUGCGAGCAAAGCGUGGUUGGAGCUGCCAUCUCUCUAUAAAUACUGGUGGGGGUGUGUGGAGUGUUGGCUUUGUUGCUGUAAGCUCCCUAGGACACACCAUCUACCAGAAAAAAAAAACACCAACCACUACUUAAACGCAGAAUCACAUCACCACCCUGCACAGAUCAAUUCUGUAGCCAAGACUCUCAUCUCCAGAACCAAAUGCCUAGCUGACAAAGACCACUUGAAAACUGAAUUACACACUCUCACAAACGUAUUAAUCUCUAACGGAUUCCAAAGAAACACAAUUAGCAACCUAAUCCAAAGAGAGACACCGCCAAGACACAGAACAAGACAACGGCAUUGCCUUCCUCCGGUACAUCAAAAGCACCACAGAUAAAAUCAGCAAAAUCCUCCACAAACACAACAGCAAGACAGCCUUCUGUCAAGGUUCCAGAAAAACCUCCUCUGCAUAAAAAAAACUCAGAAGCCAUUGUCUUUCAGAGUUCUUUACUAGCAUAAGGAAACUGGCACACGAUGAGUGAAAUUCCAAAACUGAAAUUUCCGGAUUCUUUUCCCAGUUAUACAAACCCCAAGAGUCCCACCCCCCCAACCCCUUUGCUGGUCACAUGGUCCAACGUUCUUCCACUUUAUUCAAAACCUCUUCUUGCCACUCCUUCUGCAGAUGUGAACACAAUCCGACCUCGACCGCUUGAAGAAUGUUACCAUACCCCUCAACCCCCCUUCUUCCCCUCAGGGGAAAAAUGUGGCAGCGUCUGGAAACCUAAGGCCUAGUAUGGUUUCCAGGCCUGACACCUUCUGCACAGACCAAAAAAUAGCCAACAUCUUAAGAAACCCGAAAGACAAGAUCCAGCUAGAAAACCAAGGAGUCUAUGAAAUACCAUGCAAAAUCUGCCCAGCCACAUACAUUGGAUAAACUAAUAGGAGAAUAAAUGCAUGCAUCACAGAACAAAAGAACACAGUCAGAAAAGAAAAAAAAACUUCCUCCCUUUUCCAGCACCUUAAAACCACAGGACAUGAAAUUGAUUUUGAAGGAACCAAAUUAAUCUCCAGAACUGAACACUACAACAAAAGAAUAAUUAUGGAAGCCAUCGAAAUAGAGAAACACCCCCACAACAUGAACAAAAAUGAUGAUACCUCCCGCCUACCAGACAUCUGGAAACUAGCCCUAGUCAAUAAACGAGUCCCAGCCACGAAAAUUGACACGGGACCCAGGAUAACACAUGACGCCAUCACCAAUCAUCCUCACCAAACUCAAAUCCAAACCCAUCCCACAGAUGAAAUACAACCACCAUCCAGAAGCCAGACCACAUUGGCACCAUCAGCUGCUGCUCCCCCCUCCAAUCCCCACACAAAGCAAACCGACACACAUCAUGAACACAUGACAAGACCUCAAACUCGGAGCCAAACCAAAACCCGGGAUGCUGCAUCACAGCCAUCUGCUCAGGACAUUACAUCACAGAACUCAAGAAGUCACAACAUUAAAGCUCAGGACAUUACAACACAACCAACCACCCAGGAUGUUACAGCACAAGACACAGGAGGUCACAAUACCAGAGCUCAGGAUGUUACCACACAGCCCAUUUACCCAGGUCGUUACAACACAGAAGACUAAUGGGCACACAACUAGGACCACACCCACACAGGAUGCUACGAAACAGCCGACUAAUCUGCAAACAUCCACCCCACCUACCAAUCAAGAUGUAACAACACAGCCAACCAACCCGCUUACAGCACCAAAGCCAACACUCCACACCCCCACACCAGUAUUUAUAGAGAGAUGGCAGCUCCGACCACGCUUUGCUCGCACAAGCAUGAAGCCGUAAGCACCAGCCUGAAGAUGACAAGUGAGACCUUGUCGAAACGUCACCAAGAUACUCUCAACCUUACACGGGAAAAGAUCCGAAUAUGCCAAGACUUACAUACCUAUACCCGUGAAAACCUACAAAAACAUAUGUGUGUGUGUGUGUGUGUGUGUGUGUGUAGUCUUGGCAUAUUCAGGUCUUUUCCCGUGUAAGGUUGAGAGUAUCUUGGUAUGCCUUCAGCUGACCUUACUUUGUUUUUUCUAUCUUUUGGAACUUAAUCUUCAUAUACAGACAUUGAAUUAAAACAGUUUAUUGGCACUGAAAAAAUUGACAUAUGACUCUUUUUCCCACCAACCCCAUUGCAAUAUCCCCAUGGCCACAUAAUCAAAAUUCAGACACUUGGCAAUUGACUCAUAUUUAUGACGGUUCCAGUAUCCUGGGGUCACAUGAUCACCUUUUGUGACUUUCUGACAAGCAGUCAAUAGGGAAGCAAGAUUUGCUUAAAAAACAAAUUACUAACUUAACAAGUGCAGUCAUUCACUUAACUGUGGCAAGCAAGGUUGUAAAAUGGGACAAAACUCAUUUAACAACUGUCUUGCUUAACGGAAAUGUUGGGGUCAAUUGUCAUAAAUUGAGGACUGUAUACUAACACAAAAGGCUGAAAAAGCACAAGGUUACCCAAGCAACACAAUCUAGAUAUCAAAAGCCAAAUAAAUAAAAGCAGCUGCUCUCAAAUUGUUAAUGUAGUGUGUGGUAAUUUAAUCAGUCAUCAAUAUCACUUUUAUAUAAUACUUUCCUAAGACUAGACAAGAACUGUAUUUGUUGCUUUUGUUCUAGUUCCAUCCAUAAUAUUGCUACAGAUUACUGACAAAUAUUCAUCCAAAGCAAUCUUACAUAAUUUCAUGUGAAUAUGAGUUUAAUUUAGUGUUCUGCGUUCAUAAUGUAUUAUUCUGCUGCUUUCUGAUUGUGGGGGCCCAUUCACAAUUUAAUGGCCUACAUUUAUGACCUUGAACGUAACUAAUUAUUGAAUUAAUGAAACAAGAAUUACAGAUUAAUACAGAAUUAGUAAUAGCCAGCAGUUAUAUACUUACCAGUAGUUUACUGGUCAUUUGCAAUAAUCUAAUUAAGAUUAUUAUUUCAGAAAGAAAAAAAAAUAUCUUGACUGCUCAGUAAGAUAAAACUAAAUUGUCAUGAUACAUACUAGUAAAAUUAAGUUUGGGGAAUUGUAUGAAUUACUUUGUGAUUGAUGUAUAACGGGUUCCAGUUUUUUCCUCCAGUUUUGAUCACAACCAAUAACACUGUUAUUAGUUUUAAAAAAGCAUGCUAAAUUGUAUAAUAAAGCUAAUAACCUCCUAUAACAUUCCGGUAAUGUUAUAUUACAUAUACAUUGCAUGUUAUUUUAAAUAAAAUGUGUUUUAUAAAUUGCAUUUUAUCCAAAAUAGGAAAGUACAAUACAAUUUCAUAAUUAUUUGUGGCUCAAACUUAUUUUUUUAAAGCAGUGUACAUUUACUUUAUGCUUUCCAGAAGGGAGUCUAUCUUAAUCCAAAGAAAAGUAUGUUACAUUGGAAACAAAUUUAUGAAUUGCACAAAUUUUCAUGAAUCAUGUUUUACUUUAUUUACACAACAAUAUGAAAUAAUAAAUGUGUUGGUUUUUAAAGUAUUGAGAACUCUUUUUACUUUAAAGUUUAAAGGUUUAUCAAAAUUAUAAACUUGUAAGAGACCAACAGUCUAUGGCCCAUAAGAAAAAGAGAGGCCGCCAAUGUCUCUCCACUAUUCCCAAGCAACUGGCAUUUAGAAAUAGCAUAUAGAUUGUCCUGUGGCAGUCCCUGAUAAUUUAUCUUUGAAUAUAUUGUUGUGACAAAAAUAAAUAAAUAAAUAAAAUAAAAAUAAAUAAAAGUCUUAUCUUGGGAGGCCAUCACAUUUUGUAGUGAUUCCCAAAAUCGCAGUUUUAUUCUUUAUUGAUAUAUUUUUGUUGAAGUUAUCAGUUUCUGUUUUUAUCUUGUUGCUUGGAACAGGAGGGUGCUUCUACUCUUUUUUUCCCCCCACAGCCGAUUUCCCCUUCCACACCAUUGUUUUUUGUAAGCACCAA